UCCGUCCAGCUGUCAGUGGACAGCAGCACACAUGAACAUCAGUGCUGCAGCCGGAGAGGACCACCCGCCGAAUUCACGUCGGUGUUGCAAUUCAAGCAGGGCACGGACAUGACAGGAUACACCCCUGUCAUUUCUCCGGACUAACCAGGAACGCGUAGGAGGAGGAGGGCUGAGCCGCUUGGCUGCGAGCAGCUGGCUAAUGGCAGCUAGCUUGCAGGCUAACAGCUAACUGCACUGCUGGCUGGCGAGCGAAGGUCGGAGCGACUCAUGUUAGCCAUCAGUUAGCCCUCCAGCGUCGUUCACGUGUCAUUUUAAUAAUUCUUUUUAAAGCCGCGCCAUAUUUCGCGUCGCUCUCGUCACGUGCUUUCGCGCAUUUUCAGGUUUUUCGCGCGUAUUAAUUUUACGAAAUUGUACCGUAGGCUAGCGGUUAGCGAGCUAGGCGGCUAUGCUAACGCCAGCUCAGUGAGGGCUGACAUCGCUCCGGACGAGUCGAGGAAGGAAGAGUGGUGACUUAUGAUGUGGGCUGGGGGAAGCGGAGGAGAUCAGCAGUAUUAGCUCAGCCACACCGUGUCUUCUUUCACUGAUCGUGCUGGGGCCACAUCGUAACGCAAGCCGUGUGGGACGUCGGGUGCAGAAUAGAGAAUCGGGGCACUUUGAUUUGCGAGCUGUGGCUAAAUGAAUAGUAUUGAUAUCACUGAGUCGUGAGCUGGUGGCCGCUGUGCCAGCUUCAGGUUGAAGACACUCGGACGGGAUUAUCGCACAGACUGCAAUAACCAGCCAGUUUGCUUGAAAAGAUGGCUUCGGCGAGCAGCAUUGCCGCAUCUAUUGCGAGCAAAACGAAGACCAAGAAGAAGCACUUCGUCGCCCAGAAAGUGAAGCUCUUCCGUGCCAGCGACCCUCUGCUCAGCGUGGUGAUGUGGGGAGUCAACCAUUCGAUAAAUGAGCUAAGCCAUGUUCAAAUUCCCAUCAUGCUCAUGCCAGAUGACUUCAAGGCAUAUUCUAAGAUUAAAGUGGACAACCACCUCUUCAACAAGGAAAACAUGCCCAGCCAUUUCAAGUUCAAGGAGUACUGCCCUCUGGUGUUUCGAAACCUCCGAGAGCGGUUCGGCAUCGACGAUCAGGACUUUUUGAACUCUUUGACACGCAGUGCUCCCUUGAAUAGUGAGGCCCAGGGACGGAGUGGAGCUCGCUUCCAUACCUCUUAUGACAAGCGCUACGUCAUCAAGACCAUCAGCAGCGAGGACGUGGCCGAGAUGCACAACAUCCUGAAGAAAUACCAUCAGUUCAUUGUGGAGUGCCAUGGCAACACACUCCUCCCGCAGUUCCUGGGGAUGUACCGGCUCACCGUGGACGGAGACGAGACCUACAUGAUUGUUACACGCAAUGUCUUCUCCCACCGUCUUUCUGUCUACAAAAAAUACGACCUCAAGGGUUCUACAGUUGCAAGAGAGGCCAGCGACAAGGAGAAGCAGCCACCCCCACCAGAGGAUGUGCCCCCGCGGCCCAAAUCUGGUAACGUUCAGCAAAGGCUGCAAACACUGCGGAUUGCCACGCGCUUUUACUGCGCCAUGAAACACGUAAGAGAUGCCAAGGAGCUGCCCACCUACAAGGACAAUGAUUUCAUCAACGACGGCCAGAAGAUCUACAUUAACGAGGAAAACAAGAAAAUGUUCCUUGAGAAGCUCAGGAAAGACGUGGAGUUUCUGGCCCAGCUGAAGCUGAUGGACUACAGUCUGCUGGUGGGGAUCCACGACGUGGAGCGGGCCGAGCAGGAGGAGGUGGAGAGCGAGGACAACGAGGCGGACGAGGAGGGCGAGAGCGACGGCGGGGGCAUUGGGACGCCUCCCGACAGCCCCAGCAACACCCUGGACAGCACCAAGCCCCUGUCGCCCGGGGAGUUCGAUCCCACCAUCGACGUGUACGCCAUCAAGAGCAAUGAAAGUGCCCCGAGGAAGGAGGUGUACUUCAUGGCCAUCAUCGACAUCCUGCAGCAUUACGAUGCCAAGAAGAAAGCUGCGCACGCCGCCAAGACCGUCAAGCACGGGGCCGGAGCAGAGAUCUCCACAGUGAACCCGGAGCAGUACUCCAAGAGGUUUUAUGAUUUCAUCACCACUAUCCUGUCAUAGCCUCCAGGAGCGACGGGGGCGCCGAGGCACAUGGGGGGGGAAAAAGGGAGGGAGGGCGAGCGGGG